AUGAAUGACAUGAAUGAUGACUUUGGAGUAACCAUGGGAUACACAAAAGCAUGGAGAUCAAGAGAAAAAGCUUUGCUUCUAGUAAGAGGGAACCCUGAUGAUUCAUAUCAAAACUUGCCAAUGUAUCUUCACAUGUUAAAGCAAGCAAAUCCAGGAACAGUAACACAUCUGCUCACAGACAAUGAAGAUAGAUUCAAAUACUUGUACAUAGCUUUCUCCAACUCAAUCAAAGGUUGGAGAUACUUGAGGCCUAUCAUUGUUGUUGAUGGAACUUUCUUAAAAAAUGCACAUGGCGGCACACUAUUUUCAGCAUCAACAUUAGAUCCAAACAACAAUAUUUUUGUCUUGGCUUUUGGAAUAGCAGACUCAGAAAAUGAUAACUCUUGGCUUUGGUUCUUCUCCAAACUGAGAGACACAUAUGGAGAACCCGAAGGAUUGGCUAUUGUUUCUGACAGACACAAGAGCAUAGAGAAUGCAAUACAUAUAGUGUACCCAAAUGCGUUCCAUGGAGCUUGCAUGUAUCACUUGCUCAAUAAUUUGAAAAGCAAGUAUGGAAACCAUGGAGAACAGCUACAAAUGAAUUUCAUUGCAGCAGUAAAAGCAUACACAAAAACAGAAUGUGAACACUACAUGAGAAGCCUUGAUAGACUUGACAGGCGCAUUAGACCCUAUUUAGAGAAAGCCAAAUAUGAAACUUGGUCAAGAUCAUACUCACCAACAAAAAGAUACACCAUGAUGACAUCCAACAUCACAGAAUCGCUCAACGCUGCACUAAAAGCUGCAAGAAAUCUCCCUAUUGAUAUAUUGGUUGAAUGUCUUAGAAGUUUGGUUCAAAAGUGGGUUUGGAACAAUUCAAAUAAUGCAAAUGGAACAUUCACAAAAGUGUCUACAGCAACAGAAAAUGAAUUGAGACAUGACAUUGUUUCAAAAAUGAAGUAUGAGUUACUCUGGGUAACAGCAAAAACCAAACAAUAA